AUGCUCAAUUCCACAUGUCUCGUGGAAGCAUUAGAGACUUCCAUCAGCCCCCGAUCAAAUUCAUCCACUUCACAGAAAGAUGGAACUUCUUAUUUGUCUCUUAUCGGGGAGAAACUUAAAGCCCAAGGAUUGUCCCAAAGCUCCAUCAAAAUUAUAUUGGCAUCCUGGAGAGCAGGUACUCAUAGUCAGUAUCAAUCUCAAAUUAUCAAAUGGCAAGAAUUUUGCGCGCAACAUAAGUGUGAUAUGAUAUCGCCACCUGUUACAUUUGCGGUGGAUUUUUUGGCGCAGUUAUCUGACUCUG